UUCUUAGCAUCGCUCGCGCUGCACAAGCCCAUUCGAAAGCCCAGCCCGCCCUGCCACCACCGGUUUGGGGGCAGUAACUAAUCACUUGAAGGGCUUCAAUAAUCCCGCAAGCCAACAAGCUGUAGAGCCCAAGACGCACACACACAGUAAUUUUUAAGGGAAAAAAAAUAACAUCAAAAACAACAACAAGCAAAACACGAAGGCUAGACAUUAAGCAAGCCAAAAGUCCCCAGGGGAAGCUGGAAGAAGUUUGAAAUUGAUUUGCAAAAAAGGCUGGUGGUGUUUGCAAAGGUGGGGAGUGGAGUGGAGAACUGCUGCUGCUUAAUUGCACAUUCAAGUGGAAAAUUUUCCGGAGUCAGCAGAAACAUUGUAUCCAAAAAAAGACAACAAAGUCACAGUUCCGACAAAACGCGGAGAUUGUCCCUGGAAAACUUCCUUUCGGUUUAUUCUCUUAAAGCUUCCAGGCUAAGGCUUGGAGAAACCAGCCACCACCAUUGAGCCCAGCAGCUGGAGCGGCAGCGAGAGUCCUGCCGAGGACAUUGAAAGAAUGAGUGAUUCUGCAGAUAAACCGAUUGACAAUGACGCAGAAGGGGUCUGGAGCCCAGAUAUUGAACAGAGCUUUCAGGAGGCCCUAGCUAUAUAUCCCCCUUGUGGGAGGAGGAAAAUCAUAUUGUCUGAUGAGGGCAAGAUGUAUGGUAGGAAUGAACUGAUAGCCAGAUACAUCAAACUUAGAACGGGAAAGACACGGACCAGGAAACAGGUGUCUAGUCACAUACAGGUCUUAGCCAGGAAGAAAGUUCGAGAAAUUCAAGCUGCCAUUAAGGUGUCUAGUCACAUUCAGGUUCUUGCCAGAAGGAAAUCUCGUGAUUUUCAUUCCAAGCUGAAGGAUCAGACUGCAAAGGACAAAGCACUCCAGCACAUGGCAGCCAUGUCCUCCGCUCAAAUAGUAUCUGCGACAGCGAUUCACAAUAAGUUGGGUUUGCCAGGAAUUCCCCGUCCGACGUUCCCUGGAGCACCUGGAUUUUGGCCUGGGAUGCUACAAACAGGACAGCCCGGAUCUUCUCAGGACGUAAAGCCAUUCGUUCAGCAGGCCUAUCCUAUACAGCCUACAGUCACAACCCCCAUUUCAGGAUUUGAACCCACGUCAGCUCCAGCACCCUCUGUUCCAGCUUGGCAAGGUCGAUCUAUUGGAACAACCAAACUCAGACUGGUAGAAUUUUCUGCUUUUCUUGAGCAACAAAGAGAUCCCGACUCUUAUAACAAACACCUCUUUGUGCACAUUGGACACGCUAACCACUCUUAUAGCGAUCCAUUGCUGGAAUCAGUGGACAUUCGUCAGAUUUAUGACAAAUUCCCGGAAAAGAAGGGAGGCUUGAAGGAACUGUUUGGAAAAGGACCCCAGAAUGCCUUCUUCCUAGUAAAAUUUUGGGCGGAUCUAAACUGCAACAUCCAAGAUGAUACAGGAGCGUUCUAUGGUGUAACUAGUCAAUAUGAAAGUUCAGAAAACAUGACAAUCACCUGUUCCACCAAAGUCUGCUCAUUUGGGAAGCAAGUGGUAGAAAAAGUAGAGACUGAAUAUGCACGGUUUGAGAACGGCCGGUUUGUGUUUAGAAUAAACCGCUCCCCAAUGUGUGAAUAUAUGAUCAAUUUCAUCCACAAGCUCAAGCAUUUACCAGAGAAAUAUAUGAUGAACAGUGUGUUGGAAAACUUUACAAUUUUGUUGGUUGUAACAAACAGGGACACUCAAGAAACCCUCCUUUGCAUGGCUUGUGUAUUUGAAGUUUCAAACAGCGAACAUGGCGCACAGCAUCACAUCUACAGGCUUGUAAAGGACUGAACAGUUAUUUAUAGACACCUUUUCAAUAUAACUCCUUAUGAAAACACAGACUGUCAACCUCAACACUAAGUGGCAGUUUUCUUUGGCUGAGCUGUCCCCAACAUUUUUCUAAACCUCAUUGGAGUGUGUUGAUAAAUAUUGUAGCUGUGAAAUUCUGGUACAGUUGUACAAAUUCUUUCUUAAAACAAAGUGUUCUUCAAAUUUAAAAAGCCACCAUUUUGGAGGGAGACUAUAUUUAAGAAUUUGUGGAAGUUUUAAUUUGUCAUGCUGGAAAAAUGUAAGACAGAGCAAUUGCCAUGGAAAAGCUUAACAGCAGUUAUAAGAAGUUAUGAGGUGUUUUGUCUAAAUUAAUAAAAUCCUAUUUCUAAGGUGCAAGUGAAACUGAAAUGAAUUUUGACUAAGCAUAAAUUAGCACACAAAUUCUUUUUUUAAAAGUAUCUUCAUAACUGAUUACUGUGGAAAAUACAGACGAAUGUAAAUCACUAAAUUAUUUUAUACUGCAACUCAAUUUCUGUUCGAAGCCAAAUGACAAACAUAGCCUUAAGAAAUGCCUGAUGGGAAUGGACAGGUCCUUAAAGUAGGCAAAGUAUAUUUUUUUCUUUCCCUCUAUAUUAAAACUAAUAUUCUAAUUCAUUGAAACUUUCAAGCAGGUAUUGCAAAGCGAGAAGACUUCCUCCCUUUUACUAAUUUUAUCUAGUGCAUUAAAAAGAUAUUAAAUAUUUGUACUAAUAAGGACGUUUGAUUAUUUAAUUAAAAGAUGGCUCGUUUUGCAAUAACUAGACAAAUACUGAAAGAUUAGAUUUACGGUGUAUGUAAUCCUGUGUGCGUGAUUAUAUAUUAUAUGAAAUGGUUUUGUUUUGUUUUUCUUAACUCAAGAAAUUGCAACACCAAAAUUACCAAUUGGCAAACAUAAGGGAGAGGGGCUUGAAAGUGCUAUCUUGUAAUUACAUUGUCAGGUAAAAGCCACAAUUAUUGUAAUUGAGAAAACAAUAGAAGAUCUAAAACAAAAGGUUCAUCUGUUUCAAUGUCUUUAGAAUCCUAGAAAUAUUUGACAUCAGACAAAAGACAGAAUGGUUUCCUUAAGCUAGUCCUGCUCAUCAUGAUCCACCAGGCUACGUAUAAAAUAUCAUCUAUUUGUGGAAGCCACAUGAAGGGCUUAAUACAUUUCAGAACUGUUUUAUACCAAAUCAGAUCAUUGCUCCACCUAGCUCAGGUUUGUCUGUAGGGACUGGGAAUUAUUCCCCAGGAUAUCAAUUAAGAAUCUUUCCAAGACUGAGCCUUCUGCAUACAAUGCCAGCACAUGGCUAUAUCCCUACACAUAUAGCCUCUCUGAAAAUUCAGAAUCAGUCUGAGGACUGUCAAGCACUUGGCUGCCCAGAAUGCAUAUCUGGUGAGCUGCAGGUGGCUUGGUAGACUCUGUCUUAAUGAGAUUUUUCUUAAAAUCAUCCUGAUGCCUAUGAUGAUGAACGCAGCUUUCUCCAGCCUGAUGCCCCUCCAGAUAGGUUGGACUAUGUAACACUCUGAAUACCCAGCCAGCACUGAUGGUUGUGUUUGUGACCAGCUCUUCUUUUGCAGACUUCCCAGAAUAUCUGGCUCUAGCCCUCUUCUUGUUGAUCAUCAUCCAUGUUUUUCUCUUUCUGUCCACUAUUUUUCUGUUUGCUCAGGAGAAGGAGCAGAGCACUCAUGCCAAAGGUUUGAACAGAUUAUUUGCAUAGAGCUUCCUACACACAUCCUUCCCUUAAUCUAUUCAUUUUGGCUCCUCUACUAUAAUUUCCCUUUAUCUGGACUUCCCCCGCCUGUAUGACUUUUUAGGUGUAUAAUAUUUCAGAUUGCUUAGGCACACAAAUAGAUUGUGCCUAUGUGGGGGUUGUUUCUCUUUCAGUAACAUGUUUUUUUGUGGUUUGUGUCUUCAUACAUGAGCAAGGCUGAAAUGUGGCUUAAUCAAGAUUAUAUGAAUACAUCUGACAUUAGGAGGGGUGCAUGGUUAGAUACGUGUUUUAAACAACUGCUGUGAUUAUAAGCCAUCUCCUUAUGGUAUGUGCCAUAAUUCAGCUUGUUGGUUUGUAGAACUGGCACAUGACAAUAUUAGCCACAAAGAACAAGUCAGACUGUCUUAGUUUCUUCACUUGUGGAAGCAGAUUUACUUCAGAAACUCCUAGGAGCAAGGCAGUAGGUAACUGCAUCAAAAUUACAACACAUGCACAGCAAUGUUCAGAUGCAAAUUCCAUCCUUACAUACUUGCAUUCCAACAUCUGAGACAAGGACAUAAGUUGUCAUUUUUCCAUCAUGAUGUCACUUUGCACAUUUUGUCACUACAUCCCCUGCCCCUUUUUGUGGCUGCUUUUGCACCUGGCAGUUCUGCUUCACAAUACCCAUUCUAAUUAUAAGUUUCUUUAGUUUUGGUUUCAGGACUUUUUCUGAAAAGGCCCUUAGAAUGAAAAUUUAUCCUCCAGCUAACCAAAAUUGAAAAUUGAGAAAAGUUCUGGAAUGAAAUAUGGGAGCUUUCCUCCUUUACAUGUAUGGCAGAAGGACAACAGUUAUUGCUCUUAGACACACAGUUCCUUACAGUUUUGAAAAAUAAUUUUUGGGUAGCUGUUAGAAUAAAUAGUAUUUAUGAUAUUUUAAACAUUGUGUCAAUAAACUUAGAUCUUCCACAAUUGAAAACAUUUGCAUUAAAGACUGCGAGGAUGUAUAUCAAGGUACAAUUGUCUAAUCAUCUGAAGAUUUUCUGUUUUAAAGGACGAUUAUGGUGCUUAACAUCUGAACAUCUGUAGUCUUCUGUCCAUGACUACAUUCACCCUCUCUCUCUAGUGGAUUGCUGCAGGGUUCCUCAAACACUUGUAAGACCUGAAAAGCCAAGAUGCCUAGACAGCCACUUAUGCCUCAGCUUUGCAUUCACAAAGGUAGGAGGAUACGGCAGCAAUAGAGUAGAAGGCCAAGAAGAGUCUGGGAGUGCUUGGUAAACUGAGGAUCUUUUGACUAAUAGAUGUUAAGACAGAUGAACCUCUUGGGCUGCAGUCCUGUACAUACUUACAUGGGAGUAAAUCCUGUUGAACGAAGUAGGACUUACUUCUGAGUAGAUAUGCACAGGAUUGUGCUGUCAGUUAUUUUGUCUGAGAGCAUUAAAACUGAACAUUUAUGGUUGGGUCUCUUCACCUGUUUUUAACACUAGCAAUGUAUCUAGUAGAAGCACUGCAUCUUACCCAGCUGAAGUAGCCCUUUAUUUGAAGCACUUGGUGUUACAGGUCUAAAAUUCUCUCUUUAACUGUCAACUGUUAUGAGGCUUUUGGUUUUGAUGGAUUUAUUUUUUUAGGAAAAAAAAAAGUUCUGAAACAUUAGGAUCAUUCUGUAUCUCCAGGUAACCCCUGGAGGCAUGUGAAACAGAUCGGUUUGCAAAACAAGCACGGUUCUUUUUUUUCUGAUAAUGCAGCCUGCAACACAAUGUAUGUAAUAACUAUACAGUUUGAAGCGUCCCGAUGUUUCUUGACAUUCGUUUUUGUAAAAAUGUAUGGGGAACUGUUUGCCUUGUCAGUCACGUAUUUGUGGAUGUAAAUGAUUUAUCCCUUGUGCAUGUUUCUUCCUCAAGCCUUAAGUCUGUCAAAGGUUUUGUAUGGAAUGUGUGGUCCCCAAACGCUGCCUGGCAACUGUGAGCUCUUUUGUAAGCUGGAAGCAUCUCUCUCGUUACUGUUAUUUGUCGUAGGAACUUCUUAAUUCCAAGCUGCCAAAGCAUUACAAUAUGCAGUGCCUUAGUGCUAUAGUAGGAGUACCCUUUAGCCUAUCUUGCUGAUCAUAUGUAGUCCAUUAAUUUGGUUUACUUCAUAUAUAAAAAAUAAUCUCCUAGAGAAAAACCUUUUGGUCAAAGAUACCUUCCUAGACAAGUCAGUCCCCAUUACUACAUAGUUGGAAUCUUUAUACCAAAAUGAAACCUAACAGCUCUAGAAUUUUCUGCAGAAAGCAAAUUGUAUAAAUAAUGCUGCCUUUUUCAAUUCUCAUGACCAAAUACUUAAACGUUUGUGACUCUGCACUCGUGCAUGCAAGUGCCUUUGGUUUUGAAGUUCCAGCUUAGAAAAGUGCUGCCAUAAUAAUGACAAAUUGUAGAGACCAAAAAUAUUUAGAGAUCACCAUAAUGCCUUUGGUUUAUUGGAAACAGUCAAAACUAACAGGCCUCCAUUCUCAAAGAGUAUCUUUUUAUAGUAGCAUGCUUUUUUCAAAUCACAAGAGUGCGUAAUGCUGGAAACUAAUCUCCCUCUUGUUGUUUCUGAGGCUUUGAUGACUAGCAUUGAAAAGAAAAAUCAGUAUUUCACCUUUGCCAUGUCUUUCUCCAUCCAAUUUUACAUAUCUCCAUAAUUAGCAGAAAAUUAAGCAAAGGCCAAAUGUGAUUUUAUUAAUGUAGUAACUAGUUCUGUGAAGAUGGUUGUCUUCUCUAUCUUAAAUUUGCACUUAUUUUGUUUACAAACUUGAGCAAUCAGAUGCCUAAAAUUGGAAAGCAUGGAUCAAAACGUUCCUGUCAUUUGACCUGUGCUUUUUGGCACCGAUUUUUUAAGAAUGAGUAACAAAUAUUGUUGGAAAAUCCUUUGGACUGGUAUCAUUCAGUCUCUUCCUGUCACACUGCUAGACAGGCAGCUUCCUUAAAUAAAGUGUGCCAUUUAACACAGUUUGUGAAUUUGGAGAACAAUGUUUAUUUCAAGAGACAUUGACAACGUUGAAACUGAUGUACUGAUUCAGAAGGGGUGUAUGUGUGUGUGUAUACACACACACAUACACACAUGUCACAUAGACACACACACAUGAGAAAACUGAUAGCAGUAAAACCAAAAGUUGGCAGAGGGGAUUGUAGCUAUUCUGGUUUUAAUAGUUUUUUUUUUAAAUUAAAAUUACUGUGCAGCACAAAGUGGUAAUAUUUGUGAUUGUUCCCCCUAUCUCUUUCAUUUGCAUUCAUAUUGGUUUUCUUGAACCUCAAAGAUUUAAAUCUCCCUCACGCUCUUCUUGCAUCUAAUCCACUAAGGAUUGCUUGGCCUCAAAAGUAAACUAUAUAUAUUUACAACUAUUAAAUAUAUCUGCUGAGACAGAUAUAAGGAAGUGGGUGGAGUAUAUUUUAUUGCAAAGGAAUCAUUUUUAUUUAUUGUCUUAUGUAUAAAACUGAGAAAAAAGAAAUGGUACAAGUUGUUGCAGUUGAAACAUAGCUUUUACAAAUGUAAUUUUAUACUUACUUGAAUUCUAGAAUGGCUUAUUUAGGUACUGUACCACUAUGUUGUGUAAUUUGCAAGUUCGAUAUCUAUUUUCUCACUUACUACUAGAGUCCAUUCAGUUUGGCAAUUCCCUUGAACUCAAAUCUUCCUGUUUUUAUCACCUUCAAGUAACAGAGAUGAUUCAACUGAACAAAAGCAACCAAGAGUAUGAAGGUGAUUUAUAGAAUUUCAGAAGCUGCAAACUGGUAAAUUUUACAGCCCUGGUUGAAUUCUUAGGGUAUUCUUCAUUUUCUUUAGUUUGGACAUCUUGCCAAACCAGGAAGAAAACUUAACAGUGUUCUGGACUUGUUCAUAAAACAACUCAUUAAGUCUUUGUUUGCUUGAUCAUAGUUGUCAAAUAAGCCAUAUUUGGCUAGAUUCAUGCUACACAUUAAAGCAUGACACAUGGUUUACAAAACAUGUUGGUUUGGAUCCCACAAUGUGCUAAAUAAAAACAAACCAUAUUGUAGUGUAUGAAGUCAGCUUUGAAGUAAUAUCAAAUUUUAUGAAAUCUAAUCACAAUCUUCCAGGUACAUAGAAUCAGACUCAUAGAAGACUUCAUAUUUUAUUCAUUCUAUAUUUGAUAAAACAUCAACAUCGAUGGCCCUUUAGUAAAAAUGUCCCUUAUGCAGCCUGCAGAAGCUGUUGCAUCAUAGAGUGAACUUUCAAAUCUGUGAACAAUCAGAUACAAUAAACAGAGAAGUAGCUGAGAACCAUGAUUUGCCUAUUAUAUUUUGGAUUAUACCAAGGGUUGGCAGUAUGGCAUAUAUGAGUGCAAGGCACCCAUUAUUAAACAUCAAAAUUAAACAUGCUAGAAUAAAAACAGGUGAAAUCUCACCACCCCAUGAAUCUCACAAGGUUAUAGGUGAGAAGCCCAAAUAAACAAUUGCUGGGAGGAAGAGAGAAGAUUGGCUGACAUUUCAUGCAAUUUCAUUAUUACUUUUCCCUCCCAAAAGAUUUUCCAAUCCCAAAAGAUUGCCUGAAAAAGUUGCUGCUCUGUUGUUUAUAUUCUAGAGUACAGGAAACAAAAAUCAUGGUUUGGCAUGUUUUCUAAACUGACCCUAUCUUUUGACAGUUUACAGACCAGUUGGUGGUCUGUAAAAUCAGUUACAGACCAAUGUGAUUUUAAUACUGCCCAUACAAUCACAUCAUGUAACAAAUGUGGUUCUGCUGCAGGAGUGGUCAACCUGUGGCCUAUGGGCUACAACACCCCAUUUGCAGUCCCCCAAGUGGGUGGGCCUGAAAUGCAGAUCCAAUUUUUGGGGUGGGGGAUUGAAGGGUGAAAUUAGUGUCAUAAGCCUUGCACCCACUUUGCCCUCUAAAAGUCCUCUAAUCCUUCCCCCAAAUGGGCUAAUUCUUCCCAUAUUGGUGGAGGAGGUUUAAGGGGCAGAAUAGGUGCUCUGGGCUAGAAAGGUUGAAAUGUGGGGCCUCACCCACUCUGCCCACACUUUCUACAGCUCCCUGGGCAUGAUGCAAAUACCAAGGACAUCUGCCCAAGGCUCAAAACUGUUGCCCAUCCCUGUUCUGUAGGACCGAUAUAUAUGGCAUGCAUUGCCUUCUGCUGCAGCUGGGAAGCUCCUGGAUAUGUUAAACACUCCACCUUGUUUGCAGCGCGUAGUGACCUAAUUGCGUGUGGUACUCACACCCUAGUGCUGGGUGGCUUUGUGAGUGGGUAUUGGAGCACCUGGGGAGGCACUGAAGCAUCACUCCCUGCCUCCUCCAAGUGGGAUGACCAUAAUAACAUAAAUUGGUUCCCAUUUUUGCCUCUACUCAGGUUGAUGAUGAUGAUGACUAUUAUCAUUACUAUUAUUAUUUUGGUUACUACUUGGUAAUCUCGUUUUUUUUUUUUUUCUCCUGGCCGUUCCCACAAAUAGAAAGACUGAGUAAUUCAAAGUAUAAUACAACUUUGGAUUUCUUGCUCUCCGGCUGAGCAGAUUACUAUGGCUGAGAGAGUUUCCAAAAAAGUUGUUCCACUAUAUCAACUAAUUCCAAAAUGCACUCGCAUUCACAGAGAACAUACAUCCUGUUACCUCCUCACACAAUGGUUUUAUUUUUGUUUCUCGUUUUGUUUUUGUUCUUUUUCAUGGGCCUCUCCUUCAGGCUCCUGACUGCAGAAGAAACGCCUACAAUAUGUGCCUGAAAAAGACAAAAUAAUUUUAUAACCGUUUUUAAAACCUGAAUAGCCUUUAAUUUUUUAAUAUCAGUACAUUUUAGGUAAAAGUUUUCUUUCUGUUUCCUUUUUUGUUUUUAUUUCACACAUGCAUUCGUUCACAUUUGUAAAUGACUUAAUGGAAUUCUCACUUGGUUUAUUUGUGUAAUGUGUAUAAACUGGGUUUGUGACUUAAGCAUAUUCAUAUAUGGUCAGUGGUUACUUUAAUAUUGUACUGCUGCUGGUUAUUUUGGGAAUAGGGGUGUCAGAUCUGCCUUGGAUGACAAAGUACCUCUUGCUCAGGCAUUGAGGGAAAGCUCUAUUUUGAAAGAAAAAUGAACCUUAGCAAAUUGUGUCUUAACAUAUUUUGAAGUUUUCAAAACAACUUUCAAUCAAACCUUUUGGCAGUACAGUAUUCUUGUAUUUGUCGUCUGUGUGUAGGUACUGGUACCUUCUUUGUUUUUAAAAACGUUUUAAGUGUUGGCUUUAAAGUGAAUUUAUCUUUAGUAUGAUAGUAAUAUGAAAAUUAUAGGGUUUGUGUGCAGAGAAUUUUUUUAUAAAAGUGCUUUGUAAAAAAAAAUUGUAUUCUAGCUUUUGCGGUACAUAUGUGUGAUACCUUUAAUAUCCAUGACAGUUAAGUGCAAUUAUUUCAUCACUCUAAAAAUGCUAUUUUUGUGUCGGUUACUGCAGGUGUUCAUGUCUUUGCAAAGUGACACAUUUUGAUGCCUUCUUGAUAAAGUGGUAGAUUUUUUUGUAGCUUUCUAGAAAAUUUGUAUUCCUACAGUAUUGAUUGGAAAUAAAGGAAAUAAAAUCAUUGUCA